CCGGCUGCUCGCGUCCGGCCGCUCCUUCGGUCCUCGGUGCGCGUCCGGCGCCAUGGCAGCCGUUGCCAUGCCGCUGAGCCACGGCCAGGUUCAGGCGCUCCGUGCGGCGCCCCUUUUCCAGGAACCCAGGCGCCCGGCGCCGCUGGCCUCGGGCGCCGCGGGCGCCGCCUCGCUGCAGCGUGCGCUGGUGGCCUGCGCGGUGGCGGCCUGCGCGCGGCGCGCCGGCCAGGUGGCGAUGCGGAGCACCGCAGUGAAGGAGAAGGAGCGCGAGGCGAGCGGCGAGCUGCUGGCGGAGUUCGAGAGCGGGUGCCUGAAGACUUGGCGCCUCGAGCAAGCGCCGCGGCUGUUGUCCUGGCUCGACACCUGGGACACCGCCGGCCGCGGCGGCCAGGAAACCAACUUCUGGCGCCGGCGGGUGGUCAUGGCAAUGCAGCAGCGCUUGCAGAAAGUGGCCGACAGCGAAAACAGCUCGGGAGGCGCUGAGUUGCAGAUCUACUCAGUGCACCAGACCCCGGAGGGCCAGGCCCUCGCGAUCGCCGUGACCUCGGAGCGACCCUUGGGCUUGGAGCCGCUGCGGGCGCUGCACUUGGACCAGAUCGCGUCGUCCCCGGAGGCGGCGGGCAAGGGGUUCGGGGCCGCGCUGCUGCGGGGCCUGGUACAGCGGGCGCAGAUGGCGCAGCAGGUCUUGGUGCUGGAGCCGCAGAGCCCCGAGCUGGAGGCCUACUUCCUGCGCCAGCGCUUCCGCCCCGCCAAGGAGCUGGACCCGUACCUCUGGAUCCCCUUGGACCUCUCCCCGCAGCUGCCUCGCGUGCAGCUGCGCUACGUGCUGCAGGAGGAGGACCACGAGCGGCUCUUGGCCGCUUUUAAGCGCCCCCCCGAGUGGACGGGCGUCACCGAGGAGUUCUUCCUCACCUCGCGCCAGGACACCUCCGCGCUGGAGGUCCUGGCGCUGAGGGUUUUCCGGGAGGGCGUGCGGCGCACGGGCGCGGCCUGGCGCAUGACGCGGGCCAGCCCCGCCGCGGCCUACCAGGCGCAGGCGGCGGAGGAGGUGGAGCUGGCCGAGGCCAUGGCGGUGAUGCGGUCCCCCGAGAAGCUCGAGGAGGUGGCCUGGGAUUGCGCCCAGGGCUUCGGCCGAGGGAAGGGGCGGCUGCCCGGGAACUUCGCGGGCCUGGGCCGCUGCAGCCGGGGGCUCAGAUCGCUCGGAAUCUACUCCAUCUCCAUUAGCUGUACAGUGGGCAUCUUGGCUGAGGCAGGAGUUGAGCUCGUUGCGCUUUGGGAGAUGCCCGGAGGGCACAUGUUGACCAAACCGGCGGUUUGCGGCAUAGAUUUGGGGGCGAGCGAGUCUUAUGUCGCGUACGUCGGGAAGGGCAUCGUGGACAUUGUGCAGAACGAGGUGUCCAAGCGCAACACCGCUACGCUAGUGGGGUUCACCGACCGAGAGAGAUUGCUCGGCGACGUGGCGCUAGCGCAAAUUCGUUCCAAUGCCAAGAACACUUGCCGGAACUUCAAGCAUUUGCUGGGGAGGAAGCUUGAUGCUCCUGAUGUAGAGAAGGAACACUUCUGGUCAACCUCACCUUUGUGCGAGUGCGACGGCUUCGCCGGGUACAGCGUCACUUACAAGGGUGAGUCCAGAGAGAUUCCGGCCACACAGAUCACGGCGAUGUACCUUACCAAGCUGCGCGACAUCACGGAGAAGUGGUGUCAAGCCAAGGUGCAGGAUGUGGUCAUCGCGGUGCCUUCGUCCUUUUGCGAUGUACAGCGGCAAGCGGUGCUGGACGCGGCGCAGAUCGCCGGGCUCAGCGUUCUUAGAAUCAUGACGAACGAGCACACUGCCACGGCCUUGGCCUACGGUAUCUACCGCUCCAACGAUUUCGAUCCCGAGAAGCCCAUGACGACGGUGGCCUUCUGCUCCAUGGGGCACUCCAUCUUCUCGGUGAGCGUGGUGCAGUUCCUGCGGGGCAAGCUGCGGGUGCUCAGCGAGCGCAGCGACAAGGUGGGGGGCCGGGAUAUGGACGAGUGCCUCAUGCGAGAGUUCGCAGCCCAGUUCAAGAAGAAGGUGGGCUGCGACCCCUUGAGCAGUAAGAAGGCCGCCUUCAAGCUAGAGGACGCGGUCACCAAGACCAAGAAGAUCCUCUCGGCGAACAGCGAGGCCACGGUGAGCGUGGAGUGCCUCAUGGAGGACGAGGACUUUGGCAGCGCCAUGAACCGGGACGACUUCGAGAGGAGAUGUGCGCCCCAAUGA